GUUUGCUAUCAGGAAGAGUCGCAGCUGCUGAAAGUAGCAAGCUCCCCGAGGUCUCCACAUUUGGUGCAUUCAUGAAGGAAGAAGAAUGCGUCUUGGGAUACAGAUUUUUGUGAUUUUUUACUUAGUUGUUUGUCUGGGAGGUGAACCUGUCCCAGGGGCUGAUGGAUCAAGUAAAAAGCUUGAACCUGACCCUGCAGACCCUAACAAAAAAGGCGCAGCAAAUACCCCACAACAAUCCACAGCAGACAGCGGUACAGAUAGCGGUAAUAAACCAGAAAAAGUAAACUCCCUUGCAAAGGAAGAUGCGGCCACUGGAAAGGAAGACCAUGCUACAAGUGAAGAUGCAGGGAAGGGUGUCUCAACAGCAAAUAGUCAAGCAGCAAAGAAUGAUUCACCAGGAAAUGGAGGAGCAGCGGCCAAUGGUGCAGCAGGAAAUGGAGAAGCAGGAAAGAGUGGUUCCACAGGAAAUGACGAAGCAGGAAAGACUGGUUCCACAGGAAAUGGAGAAGCGGGAAAGAGUGGUUCCACAGGAAAUGUAGAAGCAGGAAAGACUGGUUCCACAGGAAAUGGAGAAGCGGGAAAGACUGGUUCCACAGGAAAUGAAGAAGCAGGAAAGACUGGUUCCACAGGAAAUGGAGAAGCGGGAAAGACUGGUUCUGAAGGAAAUGAAGAAGCAGGAAAGACUGGUUCCACAGGAAAUGUAGAAGCGGGAAAGACUGGUUCUGAAGGAAAUGGAGAAGCAGGAAAGAGUGGUUCCACAGGAAUUGUAGAAGCAGGAAAGACUGGUUCCGCAGGAAAUGGAGAAGCGGGAAAGACUGGUUCCACAGGAAAUGGAGAAGCGGGAAAGACUGGUUCCAUAGGAAAUGAAGAAGCAGGAAAGACUGGUUCCGCAGGAAAUGUAGAAGCAGGAAAGACUGGUUCCACAGGAAAUGAAGAAGCAGGAAAGACUGGUUCUGAAGAAAAUGGAGAAGCAGGAAAGACGGAAGAAGCGGGAAAGACUGGUUCCACAGGAAAUGGAGAAGCGGGAAAGACUGGUUCCACAGGAAAUGGAGAAGCGGGAAAGACUGGUUCCACAGGAAAUGACGAAGCAGGAAAGACUGGUUCUGAAGGAAAUGGAGAAGCGGGAAAGACUGGAGAAGCGGGGAAGACUGGUUCCACAGGAAAUGGAGAAGCGGGAAAGACUGGUUCCACAGGAAAUGACGAAGCAGGAAAGACUGGUUCUGAAGGAAAUGGAGAAGCGGGAAGGACUGGAGAAGCGGGGAAGACUGGUUCCACAGGAAAUGGAGAAGCAGGAAAGAGUGGUUCUGCAGGAAAUGAAGAAGUAGGAAAGACUGGUUCUGAAGGAAAUGGAGAAGCAGGAAAGAGUGAAGAUGAGAUACUCUCUAUCGACUCCAACAGCUCAGGGAAACAUGUAGAUGAUGCAGAAAGCAGCCAUUUCUUUGCUUACCUUGUCUCUACGGCAACACUGGUGGCAUUACUCUACAUUGGAUACCACAACAAACGAAAGAUUAUUGCAUUUGUAGUAGAGGGAAGGAGAUCAAGCUCCACACGGAGACCCAAGAGUGGCAAAUAUCAGAAGCUUGAACAACAAAUUUGAAUGGUUUUCUCCUGAUGACAGAAACGAGCCCCGCCAGCCAUAGGAGUGGUUUAUACGACCAAUUCUGUAAGUCCAGCAAAGCUGACCAGUACUUUGCUAUCGUUAUGGCAUCAUCCAUCAGAAGCUCACGAUAAAGUGGACAGAACUCCAAUAUUGUUGCACUAAUGUUACAAUUAAGCACUGUGCAAUGAAAGAUUUAUAGUAUUCUAGUUCCGUCAUAAAUUUUCCUUAAGUGUUGUGUCCAGGUAAUUAUUUUUGGCAUAGUAGGUGUUGUGUCCAGGUAAUUAUUUUUGGCAUAGUAGGUGUUGUGUCCAGGUAAUUUAUUAAGGCUAGGAUGAUGGGAGUAAUUUUAAAAGCCAUGAGCUGAGUCAUUAAUCAAUGACCAAGAAUUUAGCAUUCUGAAGUUUGAUCAUUUUGCCUUUGAAAAUAAAUUUGAUCAGUGUGUGUAGAUAUUUUAAGUUAUAUUAGGUAUAAUUAGGAUGCCUUAUAUGACAUGGCAUGUUCAGGAAUAUGAAAGAGAGGUAUAUGCAUGGAGUGUUUUGCACAUAUUCUCAUGCCACUGUCAGGGGAAUGCCUUUUGACCAGAGAAAGAAUUAGGUUUGACUCAGGGGGCUUUUGAAGCCAGAGGGAUUUGAGUGUGUGUGUGUGUGUGUGUGUGUUUCAAAUGUUUGUCUGAGGUUGCCUCUGCCAAAUGAAUGUAACAAGAGUGGUUUUAAGAGGUUGCACAGAUGACAUGAUUUUGCUGAACUGUGCCCUUCACUGUGUAUGGAGAGACUAUCUGAUGGAGUAUUACCUGCAUUGAGGUUUCUUUUCCCCCAGACACUGUACCUACCAUGGUUUUUGACAGAAGUGCUGUGAGAUAUUUGAAUGCCAAUUUCCUCCUUACUGGGGGUGAAAAAAGUUGAAAUGACAUUUGAAAACCACUAAACUAGGCAUUUGCGUAUGUAAUGAAAGCACGUCUGCACAGAAGGUUCAGGGGCACAUUGUUGUUCUUUGUUUUUUUCUGUUCUCUUCCUUUUUAUGUGCUUAAUUUUAAGCAUUUGCUCAUUUUCUGACGUCCUUUUCAACUAUUUGCUAAUAUAGAAUAGGAUUUUCUUGGAUGGUGUUCUGUUCACAUUCUCCUUUGUCCAGAUGUACAGUAUUCUCUGUGGCAUCAGCAAGUCUUUCAGUGCCACAGUUACCCUUCCGAAGCAAUACAAGUGCCAAGCUACUGCCUGUGGUUACUAUAGUACAGUCACAAUAACAUGCGCCAUUACAUCUUCACGUACCAAACAGCAUUUCAUACAUUGUUUUUACGUUAGGAAAAUGUCCACAAUUAUCUACAUCACUUUUCACAAACAGCUUUCUCUCAGCUCUACAUUUGUUUCCCUGAAAGAAAAAUAGCUGUGCGUGCCGUAUCCCAAGAGUGUGUAUUUAUUAAGUCACAAGAACUCAGCAAGAAUUUUAGAUACUAAGCCUAUUCAACUGUUUACAAUAUAACUGGUUUUAAGUACCUUUCAAGUGAAAAAGAAACAUAGCUGAUAGCAGGUGAUUUUAUGCUGGUAUUCUGCAAAGUUCUGAUUGGUCUUUGGAUAAGUCCAGGUUUCUGCUACGUGUUCAUGUAAAAUGUACCUCUUAGUUUCAACAGAACUGUGCAUGAUUUGACGUGCUGCCCAUUGGAAAUGUGGUCUUUAACUCCCAGGUGUGUAAUCACCGGACUUGUGCCAAACAGGACUACUGUCUUUAAGUUGUUUUUGUUUGUUUUUGUUUGUUUGUUUGAUUGUUUGUAAGUUUGACUUGAAUCGAAUCCAAGCAGUGCUAAAAUUGAACCUAAGAGAGGGCAAAGGUUGGUGUUGGUGAUAAUCUAUGAAUCCCUUUAUCUCCUCUGAUGGAUGAUUUUUUAUUUUAAUUAUUAUUUUUUACUUAUUUUGCACACAAGAGUUUUGACGUAUUUACAGCCAGCAAAGCUUUCUGUAUGGUAGCGCUGGCUGCUGUCACUUUAAACUUUCUGAACGCUGGACCAGUUUUAAAAUCCCACAGACUAGUGGUUUUGUACACGUCUUGAUGCCGCAAGUUUGUGACUUAUCCUCUGUGAAAAAAAGAAAAUUCGCUCCAUAAUGAACUGAAUAAAGAUGUCUUCAUGUA